ACACUUGUCGCGCGCUGCCUUCUGCCAAAGUUUAGAUUCGCCGUCGCGGCGAUCGUCUCUCCAGCUCAACGAUUUUUCUCGUAAUUGUAUCGUAUCGCUGUUCACCUUAACAGAAAACCCUACUCAAUUGUCUCGGUUUGUUCAUCUGCCUGUAGGAGGAAAUCCAACAUCAUUCCAUGCACGGAGGAAGGAAAUCGACAAACAAUUCGACGCAUGUUGGAGUGAUAUUUUCACCUAAGCUGCGCAACUCCAUCGAAGGGAUGCUAAUCGAGGUCUCCUCACUCCACGAUCGACAGGAGUAAUUGCGUCGAAGUGAUGCGCCACGGCUAUCAUCGCAGUUCAUUCUUCCCUCACCGAUUUUGUAUGAGUUCGAGUUGUUUCUCGGUGUGGAUGAUUAGGGUUUGAGAGUGAGCAGAGUGGAGGGGAAGCCAUUGGUGCGUCUAGGGUUCCUUGGAGUGCAAUUGGUGAAAUUGCGAUGGGUUUGAGCAAGGCGGAGGUGAAUCUGAAGCGUCUGCUGCGUGCGCAAGUGAACCAGGCGAACGAGGCCAAGCUGGUGCACUAUGUGGCCACGAUGCGCACCUUGCUUGCGGAGCUUAUCGGAGAUCCGGCGCGUCAGGAACUGGCCACCAUUCCUGCGUCCAGAGCUCGCGAGUAUGCGGAACAAAUUGAGCUUGUAGCUCAGAAGAUACGAGAUUGUAAGUUUGCGGAUAAUGAUCGAGAUCAAGCGGUAGCUCAAGUUCAAGCACAAGUAGUUGAUGGUGAGAGCAUUUGGAAAGGGAGCAUGGAGACACUGAGGGAUCAAUUGAGGGACUUUGUGCACCUACCUCAGAUUGAUGAGGCGAUUCGAGAUUCGGAUGCUAGUCAAGGGCCUGAGAUGAGUGUGUCUGGUAUGCGGAGACGGCUUCGAGGGGAUGAGUUGGGUAAUUUGGGAGCAAGGGAAUCGUCUCGGCCUCCGGCGAGGGUGGACGCUUCCUUGCAGUCCUUGAUGCAGCGGCAUCGGGAGCUUCAAGAGGGGCUAACGGAUGAGAUGGUGAUGCUUUCGGCACAACUCAAGGAGAGUAGCCUGAUGAUGGAUCAGGCGCUUCAUGAAACUGACAAGGUGCUGGAAAGCACCGAGGAUGCUGUUGAGUAUAGCCUUGCUUCUACGAACAGGGCAAAUGUUCGCAUGGGCGCUCUUUCGAGCCAGAGCUGGAAAACAAGCUGUUUGACUUGGCUCAUCCUGUUUGUCGUUUUUGGCAUGUUUAUGUUCAUGGUGGUCUUGAUUAGGGUUACGUAAGCUGCUUGAAUUGUUCAGGAUCUUCGAGACAGGUCAUCGUCGACGCCCUGCUUGAUUUGUAACAAUCAAUGAUCAGUGAGGAGUAAAAAUGGAGAAAAUUAAUAUUGCUUGAUGCAGUGUGUAUAUCAGCCAUUUUGCAAAAUGGUCUUUCAGAAGUCGAUGUGAGCACCGAUCAGCUAGCAAAACUUGGAGCAAUACUGAUUGCGAAUCCAUCCGAGUUGGUGGUUUUCAGUGCCUCCGUAACCUUCUAUGUCCGGUUGCGUAGUGGAUUCCGGUGACCACAGCCUGCCUUAAGCUACAUCAGAAGCAUGUCUGCGUGAGCAGAUGGUAAAUCGGUGUAGAUUAAUUGUAGAGUAAUGUCAUAGUCACUUUUUAAGUUUAGGUUGAAUUAUCUUGAGCUCGAUGCUGUAGAUACCUGUGCCUUUCAGAAUGAAGAGCUUGUUGAGGAAUUCGCCACCGAAUCUCUCGUUGGUGACGCUUGACGGUUGGAUGAGUCUAAUGCUUUGCCCUUGUGAUCGAAUGCUGUUGCUGCGCGCACUCAAAAAUCAAUCAGGUUAUGGUUAUAUUUCA